AUGUUAGUCAUGCGAAUACAUCCUCAUUUAAAACAUAUCGAGAACGGGAAUCAAUUUAAAGCAUGUAAAACUACAUACUGCAAGUAACUUAAUUGAAUGAUUGCUGAUAAAAUGUGCAACAUCAGGAAUUUUAAAAUACUAAGUCGGACUUUUUUUUAUCAGAUACGAUAUUUUUUCUUUGUGCAAUGUGGAAUACCUAUAUAAGAUUGGAUAUAAACAUCUUUGCUCUGGAUUGUUAUUUAUAUAAUCAUAAAAAAUGCAAUGCUAGAGCAAAUUUAUCAAUUGAUGUUGUUACAUUUAAUAAAUAUGUAGGUGUUACAUUUUCAAGGAUUGUUACGUCCUGAAGUGACUCAAGCAGGAUGUCAUGUCAUAACAAAAAGAAGUAUAUGCUUUCUAUUAUCUUUAUUUGGAACUCGCCGUAAUUUAAAGUGAAUGCGUUUUAAGCUGUACAAGUAAAUGGUCGUAUUUCCUUAAAGGCACAUUAAGUCGACUAAUACAGGGUAACUCUUAAUGUCGUAGAAAGGUGUUUGUUUUGCCAGUCAAAUAGAAAUGUACAGAGCUAAGAUUUAUAAUUUACUGAUCAUUGUAAUCAAAGGAGCGUAUGUAUUUUCCAGUCUAACCGAGCUAGCAAUGAAAGAUACAGCACUAAAGGAUUUAAAUUUGAAUUCGAAACUAAACAACAAAACUACACACGGGAACAAAACGAAAAAACAAACCUGUUAUCCCGUUUUAGAAAAUAACUCAAUUUUAUAUGAACGAAUUAAUAUUGGUACCAAGUUAAAUCUUAAACGUCAAAGGAGACAUUCAAGAAGAAACUGUUCAGGUCUAUGUGAAAGAUCUUUGUGUCCAUGGAGAGAGGUGAUGGAUGUAGACACUGACAGAAUUCCAUCGGCAAUACCAAAGGCAGUAUGUAGCAGAAAAUGUCAAUUUGAUUUUACUGAUCCAGGAGUAUCAAAGUUUUUAAACGUAUACACUGCUUGUGAACCACUUACAUUAGAUAUUCCUAUAGUUAAAAACAACAACCGUACACACUUAAAGGACUGGCCUAUAGCUUGUGUUUGUGUAAAGAAAUCGAUUUCUACAGUGUCACGUAAAAAUGUAACAGCUAGUCGCCAUCAAAGAUCUGAAGAUUUAGAGAAACCUAUUAAUAUGGUCAAACAUAGACGACAACACAAAGGAAAGAAUCAACGAAGAUCAAACAGACAGCGACAUAGAACAAAGUUACGAAUAAUGUCAUCUUUCAUGUUUUUUCCUAAGUUUAAAAAGUGAUUUUUCAUUUAUGGCUCAGUAAGUCAAGACAGUCAAAUUUAUUUGCUUUUAAAUAUAUAGCUUUAAAUAUAAUGUGACUUUGAAUAACAUGUCCUUAUGACAACACGCAUUAAGAGGAUAGUCAGAUGUAAGCAUUGCUUGCUGCUGUUUGAAAAUAAAGUACUCCAUAGACACGUUGGAAUACAUUGAAAUCUGUGAUUUUAGAACAAAUAUAUGCACACGUAAGCAAAAAUGUUCAGUUUUUUAUUAUGCCCAUGUCAUUUUGGCUGGUAUUUUUAGCUGAAAUCUACUGAUGUUAUAAGACAAACCAAUGAAACAUGACCAAACGAAAGAGAAAGGGGAUGACUAUGCAGUAAAAUCAGAAUAAGAGGAGAUGCUGUUCAUCAGAGGUUAUACAGAAAAUAAAGUAGAAAAUAUUUAUAUAACAAACUUUAACUUUCCCAGAUGGUUUACUUUGUCAUCUUUAACAGACUUUUGCAGUAAUUUGUAUUGCUGGCUAUGAGAAAACGGGAUAAUAUUUAAGGCUACUGCUUUUUAAUUAAUACCAUGUCAUUAUCCAUUCGUUUCUUAAUCACAAGUGUACAAUUUUGAAAGUAUACUAUUUUUGAUAGAAUCUUUGAAGGGUGAUUUGAGCUUCAUUUUUAUUUACACAUUCCUUGGUGGAUCACGCAGCGGAAGUAUUAUUUUCAAAACCUUCAAAAUUCAGUUUACAUGCUAGAUCUGAACAAGAGUCUUAUCUAAAUUCAUAUAUCUGGAUGUACGAUUUCUUUUACCUUUCAACGUUUUCAUUAAAUAUAUUUUAAUGAACAUUUUCAAAGUUUUUUAACCAUUUUAUUGACUUCAUCGGAAGACUUUAGGUUCAUCUUGUUUCACGUUACUUUUAAAAUUGCUUAAAUAUGAAAACGUUUUGUUUAUAACUCUUAAUAUAAUCAUAUUGAUUGGUAUACAGAAAAGCGGCUUCGGUUUAAAAUUAAACAAUAAAUGCCUUGGAACGAACUAGUUGUUGCGAUUUUAAAGCACUUGUCCUAUUUGCGUUAUUCAAGUUUAAUUGAUCCUGUAAUGGUUGAUUUUAACAGGAAGAUGGAAAUAAGUUAAGCCGUCAUAGAAACAGGACUUUGAAAAAAAAUAGAAAAUGAAUUUAAUUCAUAAAAUGACUUGAAACUGAUCAUUUUGUACAAACGUAAAUUAAAGUUACUGAACAACAGAGCACUGCACGUAAAGUCAUCACAGUAAACAUUACUUUUGUGUGUGUAUGUGUGAAGUUUCAAUCCAUUCCCACAAGUGGUAACAGAGAUACCAAGUAACAUACAACAAGAGCUGUCACAGGAAACAUCGGACUCGACAAUUUUGAUGUUGGAUAGUGAAACAGGGCACACCUGAGGAAACUGGAGAAAUCUUUGGAGUGUUUAAUGACUUGAAAUGUAUUCACUUGUAAUAGUUCUUUCACAAAAUCAGUCGAGUGCAGCAAACAGUGUGGUGUUUUAUUUUAACAAAUAUUUUGUUGUGUUUUAAAGGCUUGGGAUUUUAUAACAUCAGUAUUGUAUAUAGUAGUCACUUUAGACGACAAAUAAUAAAAGGAAUUUGAGAAUGAA